UCCAGAUGUCCGCUCAAACUUUUGAGGUUAGAGUAUGAGAUUUUUUUCUUUCUCGUCCUCAUGGUCCUCCUGUCAUAUAAUAACAAAUAUGACAGCCUCACACUUCCAUGGCACAUGUUAUAUCGCGUCAAAUCGAAAUCGAUGUUAGUAAUAAUAUGUAAAUAAAUAUAUUAUUUAAUUUGUGUUAUGUUUUGUUGAUCAUAUAAAGCAUCUAUUUUGAGUACAUUUUUAAAUUUUGCUUUGAACACAAGAUGAGCCGCUUUUCAGAAAUAAUUACCAAAAAGGAUGGAGCGUUGCCUAUUUUAGUAAAUUUUGAGAAUGGGUCACUAUCAACGAACUUGUCCCAGAAUUUACACUGUCAGCUACUCAUGGAUGCUUCUAGUGGCGAUGAUUAUGUUGUAACUGAAUCAAAUAAUAUUAUGUACAAGGGUAUUGUGGAACAUUUUCAAAACACGGUGACCAUGAUGGCCAUCAAAAAUAAGAAGACCAACAAGGUGCGGUUAAUAGAAAUGAAUAAAUGUAAUCUUGUGCCUGUUUUGAAAGAUUCACUUGAUAUGCAACUUCAACAUAAAUCUAAAAAAGAAAUGCUCUCAUUACUCAAUAAGACUUUUGGAUCAAAAAGAACUAAACGAAGAACUGAAUUAAAAGAGCACAUGGCUGUAAAUGUAGACGAAAUUAAAGAACAAUUAGAAAAAACAAUUCAGACCACUGUUGUUGAUGACAAUGACCUGAAAGUUCCAACUGUAAGUGAUUCGUUACAAAAUUUGUUUCCUCCUAUUCAUAGAGAUGCAACUACAAUUGAUCAAGUGUAUGUCUUAGACGAACUCGUGGAAUUAGAGAUAAUUAAUACAUUAAGCUCUGUAGCUGAUGAAUUCCUAAAUAGUGAAAUUGAAAAGAAUAGUUUUACAGAUUUUGUGGAAGAAAAGUUGAUAAAAUUGAAAAAUUCGGAUGUUUCUACAAAAAAUUUAGAUUGUUGUUUGCUGCUAUAUCUAGAUUCUCUAAUUAAAUUCUUUACUGAAAACUAUAGAUCAUUAACAAAGAAAAAUUAUUGUCCUUGCCCUCAUUCUGCAGCUGUUAGUAGGCAUAUUUUAGAUACAUUUUCAAUGCUAUCUGCCUCAGGAAGAACGCGACCGAACAGUAUGCGGGAUAAAGCAAUGGCAUAUAUAAUUGUGUUAUCAUUGAUGGUAUGUGGCCACAUAGUGAUGGUAGAAGACAUUGCAAAAAGCCUUAGAGUAGGCGGAAAGAAAAUUGGUGAUAUAGCUAAUGCAAUUGGAGUUUCACAGUCGAAGAUUGAUGGCAAAAGUGCUUUAGUAUUAAAGUUACCUUUGCCCAAAAUGACAGCUGUCUUACAUAAAGGCAAAAAGAAGCGAUAAAAACUGUAAAAUGUAUAUAUUUUGUAUCCCAUGUAUGAAAUUGAAAUAUAAUUUCAUUGAAG